CCCCUUUUCUGUCAGUGAGCAUAGCACUGCUUUCCAGACUCUGACGAGGACUUUCCACUGGACCGAGCCCCAGACAGACGCCAGCCCUCACUUCUGGGAUCUAGGAGGCAGCCAGUAUGGGGCCGGACGCUCGGCCCUUUGCAAGUGAGCAGAUUGAGUCUGCGAGCCCGGCAGCAGCGCCCGCGCCCCGACCUCGGGACCUCCGCGGGACAGACUCCAGCACGCCCCGCGGUUGGUUUCCGAGGCCCCACGCCCCACCGCGCCCUGGAGAGGUUCCAGCAUCUUUCGGCCUGGACGCCCCGGGCAACCGCUGCACCGGGGCCCGGAACCACAGCCGUUCUGCGGGCUUGACUUGCAGCUCUGGGUGGAAAAGCCGCGGCUGCAGAUGCCGAGGUUGAGGCUGCUGAGCGCCGGCGGCCCGGGACCAACGACUCUGAGCACCCACGCGGCUGCUGGGCGAGCGCGCGCCGAACCGCGGCCCGGAGCCCAGUCUGGCCUCGGGCAAGUGGGGAUCCGCACGCAGGGUCAGCGGAGCAGAACGGAGUCAGCUUUUAGCCUGGUUCCAGUCCUGCGGACCUUCUCGGUCGCCAGGGCCCACCCAGGGAGAGAGCAGGGGGAAGAUAAACAGCAGAUCCAGGGCGCGGCGCGCGCUCCGCCACCUCCUGGCCUCGCGCUGUCUCCCCGCGCGCAGGGCCCGGGCCGGGCUGCUGGGUUUCUCUGGACCGGGGCUCGGAAGGACCCGCUGGGCCUUAGUCCUGAGCGAUCGGCCCUCUGCAAACGCAGCUCUGGAUGCAUCUCUGAUGCGAUCCCCUGGCUCUGCUUGCAGGCACAAAUCAGCUACGAUCCUGUCCCUAGGCCCUGCUAUUUCAAGAAUUCAAGGGGGAAAAUGUGCAGCGGUGCGGUACUGGUCUGUGCAGCGCAGGGAAGCAAGGAGGCGCGCGCGGCCUGCAGGCAGACACGUUUGUCCCCUCUGAGUCUGCCCAGCUUUACUGCUCGCGGGGGUGGAGUAAAGGUUUGUUUCUCUCUCCCAGAGUUUCCUCUGAAAUCAACUCUCUCUAGAGCGAAGAUCCAGUAUGGCUCUAUCUCGCCUGUAGCAAUCGCAAUGUGUCCAAAAUGGGCACCAGCACAGAGUUCCUCCGAGACGCGGAGUCUCUUGGCCCUGGAGUUCAUUCUUGUUUUCUCAAUGGAAUGGGCCUCCGAAAUCCCCCAGGACCGUCUCAGUCACUCUUCCACAAAACUGUGCAUUUCCUUAAGGAAGGGAUAUUUUUACUCACCUUUGAUUUUCCCACCAAGUAAUGCCUCCACAUAAGUACUCAAUAAAUCAUUAUUAAUUACACAACUCACUCUUACUCAUUAAAUUUCUACACUCUGAAACAGAGGAAUGAAGGAACGGGAGGGUAGGCCUUAAAGAUACCAAAUACAAGUGAAGGACUUAGUCAUCCAUGCUGAGUGGUGUUUGUAAGACAGUAAUAGUGCUCAGAAACAAUUUGCUAAUCAAACCUCCUAGGUUUUAGGACUAACAUGAGCAGGAGGUGGGAAUGACCUACAUUCUCAGGCAAUUUAAAAAAAAUUAACAUUUGGAUAUAUUUUCCUUUCUUUUCUCUCUUUCUAUAAACUAGGUGUGUAAGCCAUUAUGCUUGAAGGGAAAAUGUACUUUGCCUACCUUUGAUAUCUUAUCUGUCCUUGGACUUACUGGUACAUUUGGCUAACCCCAUAUUCUCACUUUUUAUAUUUUCACUGGCAUCAUAACAUAACUUGGGAAAACCUGAUUUGGAUAUCUAAAAUACUUACCUUGGGAAAGCGAGCUGCAAAUAUUAAAAUCCACUAGCUACCUUAAUUGUUGCAUUUUCAGUUCUCAGUGAUACUUUAUAACUUGUACCUUAGUCUUUGAAGGUACUCCCCAGCUUCUUCCAUGGGUAAACAUAUGAAGAACCUGUCUUGUUAACACGUAUCAGCACACAUGCUAUACUAAUAUUUUAGCUGAUACUGUUUUUCAAAAGGGUUCAGUUGUGCCCACUCACCUUACAUAAAGGCACUUCAAAAACAUCACCGCCACUGAUGCAUUACAAAACAUUCAUCCUGGACAACAUAUCAUUAGAACACUUCCUAAUAAUGCUAGAAAUAAUGCUUGGAGGAGGAUGCUGCACACAAUAGGAAUUCUUUUUAUUUUAAAUGCUCAUACUAGAAAAAUAUACUUGGAAUAUGAGAGUGAAAAUACUAGUUGCCUCAUCAAUACCAUUGUUUUCUGAAUUUCUGUAGACCACUCAGUUGUAAGAAAGAUAAGCCUCUUGUCUUAUUUUCUGCGACUAACAAAAUAUUUUUUAUUCUGAACUUCAGGGUUAACCACUUGAAUUUUUGUACUACUGUUUGUUCAAGUGCCAAGUAUUCAUUCUUUCCAGAUUCUAAGUAAGAUAUGAAUCCGAAUGCUAUCUCUGUUUGCAGAGUCAGAAAAAAAUGCUGUUGAAUUUAUAACUCUCGACAACCACGUUCUUUUAGCAUCAAUUUCUCUUCCUUGUUGUAACUUUUAAUGGAGUCCUUAUUGAUGUUUCCCCCCCUUGACCUACUUUCUUUUUAGGUACUUUCAUAUACAGCGUGUUUUCAGUGAUGGUGGUUUCUGUAGCGUGUAGGAGAAUCUUAAAUCACAGUGACACAGAGCAGUUAGCUACCGCUUAGUCUAGAAAUACUUUGGUGGCUUAAAAAUCAUCUUGCUACAGCGUCCACACUUGCAUCGUCUGAAAUCUUUCCAGCUAUGCUUUUCACGAAUUUGCUCCGUCCUCCCGAUGAGGAUUUGAACUUCAUUCUGUCCUGGUCCAGUGGUCAUUUUUCUCUGUCGCCUCCGCCUCCCAGAGAUUGUUUUUCUUGGGGAGAGGCGUCCCCGGGGCUGAAGAGGAGAGUGGAGCAAGAGCCGGUGCCUCGGACCCUCGAUCCCUCCUCCCGAGCCCGGUGAGAAGUCACUUUUGACAGCUCACAGUCCCGCUCUGGCUCUCCCGCUCGUGGUCCACGGGUAGGUUUUCCCUUCCGCCUCCUUCCUGCCCUGGGCCUGCCCCCAGGCCCCCCGCAAAGGCUGCCCCUGCCCCAGCCCGCUCAGAGCUCCCCCACACGGUCCUCGCGGGGACCCGGGGCGCGCGUCCGUGGAAGCCUCCGGGGAGGAGAGAGCCGAGCCGGGACCCGGACGCCCCAGGGCGGCCCCUCCCCAGGAUAUUCCCCGGGUCCGGGCGCCCACGUGACCGAGAAAGC